CGCGCGCUGAUGGCGGGCGGGGGAGCGGGGGACCCGGGCCGGGGGGCGGACGCCGCCGCCGCCGCCCCCGAGAGCCGCGAGCACCUCUUCAAGGUGCUGGUCAUCGGCGAGCUGGGCGUGGGCAAGACCAGCAUCAUCAAGCGCUACGUGCACCAGCUCUUCUCCCAGCACUACCGCGCCACCAUCGGGGUGGACUUCGCGCUCAAGGUCCUGCACUGGGACCGCCGGACGCUGGUGCGCCUGCAGCUGUGGGACAUCGCGGGGCAGGAACGCUUUGGCAACAUGACCCGUGUCUACUAUAAAGAAGCUGUUGGUGCUUUCGUUGUCUUUGAUAUAUCAAGAGGUUCCACAUUUGAGGCAGUUUUGAAAUGGAAAAAUGAUCUGGAUAGUAAAGUCCAUCUUCCAAAUGGCAACUCUAUUCCUGCUGUCCUCUUAGCUAACAAGUGUGACCAGAAGAAGGACAGUGGCCAUUCUCCUCCCCAGAUGGAACAGUUUUGCAAAGAACAUGGCUUCACUGGAUGGUUUGAAACCUCUGCAAAGGAUAACAUAAACAUAGAUGAAGCAGCCCGGUUCCUCGUGGAGAAUAUUCUUGACAACCAGCAAAGCUUUCCGAAUGAAGAAAACGAUGCAGACAAAAUUAAACUGGAACAGGAGACCUUGAGAGCAGAGAGCAAAUCCCAGUGUUGCUGACAUGACUUCGGCUUGACCUGGGCAGAAUGCAUCCCUCCAGUCCAGAGUGACCCCAGGGAGCAGGUCACAGGCGUGGUUCCUGCCCUGUGACUCCCCCCAGCUGCUGGCACCCUGGGAGCUUGGGACUUUAGGGAGGUCGUCCUGCCAGUGGCCCACCACCUUCACACACGAGCACUUCUGUUCUCGUUGCCACUGUAUUCAGGAUAAUGUUGACAUCCUUUUAAAUAUCUUUUAAAAUCCGCUCCUCAGGAUUUGGUAAGACACCCAAGUUGUAGCACUUAACAUAACCUGGGGUGGUAAUAAAAGUUUACCUGAAGUCUUACAGUACCUGGAUGAGUUUGUGUUUUCGU